UGGAAACUGAUGGAAGAGUUCGAAGUUUGAAGUGGAAGAAUCGACUUGGAACUUGAAUCUCAUAAAACAGACUCGGAGGGGCCUAGCGCGGGGAGGAUUACAUCUUUAUACAGCUAGCUGCAGAGCCCUAAACACAACUUCUGUAGAAUCCUCAGAUUUCGUAAAAAAAACACCCCCAGACCACACAACGGGAAGCAUAUACCAGAAAUCGCGAAGAUCGAUCGAUAAGCUCGAAACAAAGUGGUAGGAAGAUUGCAACCCACUAGGAGCAUGGCCGAUUCUCAACUAGCACACGAGUCCGACAAGCCAACAUGGGGCAGCGCAAACACACUGGAAGAUGUACCACCCACUGAGGAGGCACCACCCCAACUACCGGUGCCAUCGGAAUUGCUGUUCAAACCUGCCUCAGCCGACCAUCAGCGACCGAAGGUCUUCUUCGACAUCACCAUUGACUCCAAUUCGGUGGGCAGGAUCGUCUUCGAACUCUUCGAUGACAUCGUCCCUAGGACUGCCGAGAACUUCAGGGCGCUCUGCACUGGUGAAAAGGGAGUCAGUCAAUCGUCUGGUAAACCGUUAUCUUACAAAGGUAGCACGUUCCAUCGAGUGAUCAAAAGUUUUAUGUGCCAGGGUGGCGACUUCACAGCGGGUAAUGGUACCGGUGGCGAAUCCAUCUAUGGGGAUAAAUUUGAGGAUGAAAAGUGAGAG